CCCGAGCUAAGUGCAGCUAGCAUACCGAGGCCUCCAGCUGUGAAAGUGCGGCUCGCAGCCUGAUUUCUGAACUUCAGGUCGUUGCUCCUGCAGAAACAGCAGCAUGGCUCCGCUGAAGUUCUGCGCCAACAUUACGUGGCUGUUCACGGAGCUGCCGGACUUCAGCCAGCGGAUGUACGCGGCUGCAGCGGCCGGUUUCCAGGCCGUAGAGGCGGCUUGGCUCUACGACUCGGACCUGCAGGAGCUCCAGAGAGCCAAAGAGGCCACCGGGCUGGAGGUGGUGCUAAUCAACACCCCGCCAGGGAAUGUGAAAGCAGGUGAUCUGGGUCUGGGAGCGGUUCCUGGAAGAGAAGCAGAGUUCAGGGAGAGUCUGGAUCUGACUGUGAAGUUUGCUCGAGCUUUGCACUGCAAGAGGAUCCAUCUGAUGGCAGGGAGGGUUCCCGAGGACUCCAAACGAACGGCCGUCGCCAAAGAAAUGGAGGCCGUCUUUGUGCAGAACCUGAGCUAUGCUGCCGACGUCCUCGCUAAGGAAGGAAUUACUGGAUUUAUUGAACCAAUCAACACAAGGAUUACAGACCCCAGGUACUUUCUGGACUCUCCUCAUCAGGCAGCUGCAAUACUGGAGAAGGUUGGAAAGCCAAACAUCAAGCUGCAAAUGGACGUCUUUCACUGGCAGAUAAUGGAUGGAAAUUUGACACAAAACAUACAAAAAUAUUUCCCCCUAAUCGGUCACGUUCAGAUCGCUCAGGUUCCAGGCAGGAAUGAGCCUGACAGCGCGGGAGAGCUCAACUACAGCUACCUGUUCGACAUGCUGGAGACCCACGGCUACCAGGGAUACGUCGGCUGUGAAUACAAGCCACUCGGCUCCACAGAGGAGGGUUUGGGUUGGAUCAAACGGUACUGGACAGGCAGAAAGAGCUGAGCACAAAGUGUUCAGGUACUCCGCCAGGACUCUGUUUUUGUUAUCCUUGACGCCUGUGGCCUCACAAUGCGCCUUUAAAAUAUUUCACCCUCUUUGAAUUAGCUCCACAGUGUUUCUGUCAGAACUCUGGGUGAAUAAAUAUACUUUCUUCCUUCUAA